AUGGCAUGUCCAACAAAAACCUUAGCUUGGCAAACUGAACGAGCGUUUGAAGAAGCAAACUGGCACAUGUUACAAGAUGGUAUACUUUGUGACGUCACGUUUUUGGCGGGAAGUAGCAAGAAAGAAGAAGUGAAAGCUCAUAAAUUUAUUCUGGCGAGCAGAAGUCCUGUAUUUUACGCGAUGUUCUGUGGUUCACUAGCAGAGUCCAGCAAUACAGUACAAAUUCCAGAUAUAGAACCCGGGAUAUUCCGAGACUUAUUAAGGUUCAUUUAUACCGAAGAUUGCACAAUCAACGAGGACAAUGUCAUGCCCCUUUUAUACAGUGCCAAAAAGUAUGAAACCAGCCGGCUUACCGAGAAAUGUAAAGAUUACUUAAACACCCAGCUUUCUAUCGACAACGUCUGUGUCAUACUACAACAUGCACACAAGUUUGAUGAAGGUGAACUAGAAGAAAAAUGUCUUGAGUUUGUUCUUGAGAAUGGAGAAAAUGUACUAAAAUCCGAUGGGUUUUCUUCUUUAUCAAAAGCAGUUCUUCAAAAAAUCAUCGAAUCAGAUAAGCUGAAAGCAGGCGAGUUAAAUAUUUACGAUGCAUGCAAGAGAUGGGCAGUUCAGCAGUGUGAAAAGAAAGGUGAUAAACGGGAGAUUUUACCCGCUGAUUUGAGAGCGAAACUUGGUGAUUUGAUCUACUUGAUAAGGUUUCCUACAUUGUCUAUUGACGUGUUUUCAAAACACGCUAGAAUUUUAGGUGUGAGUCUGUUUUCGCCUGGUACUCCGGGAACAUUAGUAGGAAAUCUCAGCUUGCAAUGUUGCAGCUCAAUAUUAACAUCAAAGAGCGAUUUAAAGAUAUCGUUUCAGGAGUCAAAGUACAGCGAGGAAGUUUUAUUUGAUAAUCCACAGAUAGUAGAACCUGAGAAAGAAUAUUCAAUUUAUGCAGAACUUAAAGGUCCUAACACAUAUAAAGGCGAAAAUGGUCUUGCGGAAGCUUCCUCAGACAGCUCCUAUCUCACACUCUCUCAUCCAGUCGCCAAGAGAUGCUCAAACUACAGAUCCAGAUGCAAGCCCACACAUCGGCGACACUCGAACUGUAUGAGCGAGAAGAAAAGGGACAAUGUAUUCCUAACAGACUUCAAGUCAGCUCUUCAGGCUCUCUCAGCAGUCCAUCAGACAACUUAA